CAGUUUUCUAUUAAAAAGUAGAAUUUCUUACGAAUAGAAUGCAUUAGUUGGUUAUUAAAGUUGAAAAUGUUUUGUGUAGAAAUGGUUCAGGUAGGUUUGUUAUUACGUACGCGUACUUGACGGAACAGGCGUUUCUUAACCGAAACAUGAUAGAAGGUUGCCCAAUAUAAUCUCGCUAGUGCUUGGCUCUCCCCACCUCCUUCACUAGAUUCUCACUGACAAAAGACAAAUGAUCUCGUUUCAGUUAUAGAAAUCUUUGAGACUGUGUCACCUUUGAUCUGAAAUUAUCUCGCUGGGAUGGCUUUAGCAUUACGCAUUUUUAGACCGUGCGGAUUUGUCCGAUUUACCAGUGACUGAUUAAUUAAAAUCUUCACACACACCACAGAGCUGAGGUGGGUCCAAUUAACUAUCAGGCGGAACCGAUAAAAAAAGCAGGCUCCGGACCUGGACAAGAGUUGACUAUCUGGAGGUCAAACAGAAAAGUGUUGUAAAUGGCAGUCCAAGUCUCACACAUUACCACUCUAAAGCUGCAUACGACUGGUUCAGCUAUGGGGGCUACAGUGGAGCAAUUCAACCAUGCCAAGGGUCAGAUGGGCAAACUAAAGAAUGACCCUGGCAAUGAGGUCAAGCUAAAAAUCUAUGCACUUUUUAAACAGGCUACUCAGGGACCAUGUAACACCCCCAAGCCAGGGAUGCUGGACUUUGUCGGUAAAGUCAAAUGGGAGGCAUGGAAAUCUCUGGGCUCUGUAUCUCAGGAGGAGGCCAGACAGCAGUAUGUGGAUUUGAUCGACUCGCUGCUGGCCGCUGAGGGCCCAGCGGUAGCCACGCAGCCCACCGCUGGCUCUUCCCCCUUCAACACACUGCUGGUCUCCACGAAGGACAACAUCACCACUAUCUGCUUCAACAGGCCGGAGAAAAAGAACGCCAUUACUGUGGAGAUGUACAAUGAAAUUAUCAAGGCUCUGGAGCAAGCUGGCAAAGAUGAGUCUGUCAUUACCGUAAUCACAGGCAGUGGAGACUUCUUCUGCAGCGGUAACGACCUGACUAACUUCACCAAAAUACCAGAGGGUGGGAUUAGCAAGAUGGCAAAGGAUGCAGGAGAAUUGCUGAGGGCGUAUGUUCAAGCGUUCAUCGACUUCCCCAAGCCCCUGAUUGCUGUGGUCAAUGGUCCGGCUGUGGGCGUGUCUGUCACUCUACUGGGUCUGUUUGACAUUAUUUAUGCCACUGAGAAGGCUACGUUCCACACCCCUUUUAGCCAGCUUGGACAGAGCCCAGAGGGCUGCUCCUCCUAUACCUUCCCCAAAAUGAUGGGCAAUGCCAAGGCUAGCGAAGUGCUUCUGUUCAACAAGAAGCUGACCGCCACCCAAGCUUGUGCUCAGGGCCUGGUGACCGAGGUCUUCCCCGACAGCAGCUUCCAGACCGAGGUGGCCACCAGGCUCAAAGCCUAUGCCAAGCUCCCUAGAAACUCCCUAGCUCUGUCCAAGCAACUGGUACGUGGAACUGAAAAGGAACGUCUCUACAAGGUUAAUGACCAGGAGGUGGAGCGCCUGGUGGAACGCUGGCAGUCAGACGAGUGCAUGCAGGCCAUCAUGGGUUUUUUCCAGUCUAAGGCUAAGCUGUGAGCAGCCCCCCAGCCUCACAGAGCCUGACAGAAGUUGUUUUCAUUAGGUGCCAAGUAGAAAAAAAUAUACUGAAUCUGAAAGGGAUUACCGUGACUCAGUGUGGUCGCAAAGCUUUUUAAAAUGUUUUCCAUUUUGUGCACUAAUUAACAUUAUCCACAUCACAACAACCAAUAGACACCCCUUUGCUACCCCUACAUUAUCUGAAGGGGGCAGCACCAGCCUAGAAUCACUAAGCUGUAAGAAAUCUUCAUGUCUAUUGGAUAAAGCCUGUAAGAACUCUGGGCCUUUAGCAUAUGCCUAUUUUUCUCUAGCUUUUAGAUAUUAUGUAGUGUUAUUAUUGUACAGUUUGGAAACAAACCCAUUAACGGUUGACUUCUGUUUAGUUUUGCAUUUAACAUAUCUUGGCCAUUCCUGUUGAAACAUCAGUGACAUAAUAUACAGGAACUUACUUGGUUACUAAGCUACUAAGGCAUUUUAGACAGUAAGCCCAAUUCAGAUCCCCCGCGCUGACUAUUUCUAAUGUCUUUUGACCAAUCAGAUCAGCUCUGAAAAUGAUCAAUACCAGUAACCGUUUAGAUAUGAUAUGCCAGAAGACUAAGUGGAGGAAUACAAUCUAAAUUGUGCUUUCUGUGAAUGGGUGUGUGUAAAUUAAAGGUGGAUAGUGCCUUACAGUCA